UGUUGCUUUGUUGUUGUUUGCAAUCAAGGUGUACUACUGUACUACUAACAAGUAACAGUUAGUAUAGUAACUACUAUAACUAGUGCUGUAGUAGAUACUCGUACAGUUGCUGUACUAUAUUUAUUAGUUAUUAUGAAUUGUAAUAUUAUGUUAUUACGUAACAUUACGCUUAUUAUCUCGUUGCCGAACUGGAACCGUCGUCGUCCGAAUUGGCCAGUGGUGCACUGUGAAUUAUGAUGCAGUCACAACGAAACACCCGAUUACCAUUUCUGACCGAAUUUCCGGUGAAACAAUUUUCACUCCAACACCUCGAAGGCGGCUUCCAAAGUUCCAAACACCCGCAAUCGAGUUUCACCGAUCCCUAGUUUUUAAUUAUUUCGUAAUUAUUCAUCACAGUUUUUGAUUGUAUUGUAUAUUGAUGAGAUUUAUGAAUAUUUAUUAUUACAAGUAAUAAUUAUAAACGUAAGUGAAAAUGGCUAUUCGAAGAUUAGCUUUAAACAAACUGUUCAAUUUGAAGUUUGACGGAUUUAAAGUUCGCGGUAUCGUCAAAUACUUUCAAAGUGAUAAUGGUAAUGGAGAAGAUUCUAAAACACCAGAAAAUAGGCCAGAUGAUCAAACUAAUAAUAAACCUGUUUUGAAAAGAAUCAUUGAAGAUUUAUCCAGACCGUCGAAACCAGAAAAUCUAUCGUUUUUCGGAUGUCGCCAAUACAUGGACCUGGCAGGAAAAGUACCUGUAAACACCGGUGGUACCAAAGGCAUUGGGCUGGCCGUGGCCAAGAAUCUGAUCCAAAACGAGUCAUCGCGAGUGAUUAUCAGUGGCCGGGAUGUCCAGGAAAGGGGGAAAGCGCUUAAAAUCCUAACGGACAUGUACAACUACAACAGAAAGCCCAUAGACGUACCGAUAGACGUCGCCUCUGAGGAAGGGUUGAAAGGACCUCUGUCGGUUGCUGUGGAACCGGUGGAGGACACGAUUGACAAGAAUGAUUGCAAGAAAUUUGGUGUUUACAGUCAAGAUGUUACUACUUACUUAGAGUAUAUUAGUACUUUGGACAUCAAUGUCGAAGCGAAACAUGUGCGUUUGUCUGGUAUCAUUUGUACCAUUGGACCGGCUUCGGUUGCUGUGGAAACACUUGAGGAAAUGAUUGAUGCUGGCAUGAAUGUAGGCCGCUUGAACUUCUCUCAUGGUUCACAUGAAUACCAUGCAAACACAAUUAAAAACUUAAGACAAGCUGCUAAAAAUUAUAGCAAAAAAAUUGGUGUUUACAGCCCAUUAGCUAUUGCUCUAGAUACCAAGGGACCUGAAAUAAGAACUGGCUUGUUAGAAGGCGGUGGAUCAGCUGAAGUUGAACUAAAAAAUGGUGAACAAAUCAGUUUAUCUACAGACAAGGCAUUUGAAAAUAGCGGUAAUGCCACUAAAGUGUAUGUUGACUAUCCCAACAUAACCAAAGUGGUAAAACCAGGCAACCGAGUAUAUGUUGAUGAUGGUCUUAUUUCCUUGAUUGUCAAAGAAAUUGGCAGCAAUUCUAUUGUGUGCAAUAUUGAAAAUGGUGGUUUAUUAGGAAGUCGUAAAGGUGUUAACUUACCUGGUGUACCUGUAGAAUUACCAGCAGUAUCCGAAAAGGAUAAGAAAGAUCUACUAUUCGGUGUUGAAAAUCAUGUAGAUAUGAUAUUUGCUUCUUUCAUAAGAGAAGCAGCUGCUGUUAAAGAAAUCAGGGAGAUAUUAGGUGAAAAAGGUAAAAACAUAUUGAUUAUUUCAAAAAUUGAAAACCACCAAGGCAUGAAAAACUUACAAGAAAUAAUUGAAGCUUCGGAUGGUAUUAUGGUUGCUCGUGGUGAUCUGGGAAUUGAAAUCUCACCUGAAAAAGUCUUUUUAGCUCAGAAAGCCAUGAUUGCACGUUGUAAUAAGGCUGGUAAACCAGUUAUUUGUGCUACUCAAAUGUUGGAGUCUAUGAUUAAAAAACCCCGUGGUACUCGAGCAGAGUAUUCUGAUGUGGCAAAUGCCAUUCUCGAUGGAGCAGAUAGUGUGAUGCUAUCAGGGGAAACUGCCAAAGGGGCAUACCCUGUUAAGUGUGUACAUACUAUGGCUACCAUCUGUAAAGAAGCAGAGACAGCUGUUUGGCAGAGACAAUUAUUUGCUGACUUAACGUCUGCUGUUAAUUUGCCUUUGGAUGCUUCACACACAAUUGCAAUUGCUGCUGUAGAUGCAGCUAAUAAAAGUAAAGCUGCUGCCAUUGUUGUUCUUACAUCUUCUGGCCAUUCUGCACAUCGCAUUUCUAAAUAUCGCCCACGUUGUCCAAUCAUAGCUCUGACCAGAAAUGCCAAAGUCGCCCGCCAAUGUCAUAUUUAUCGUGGUAUUCUACCUUUAUACUAUAAUGUACAACCAUUAAGCGACUGGUUGAACGAUGUGGACACCCGUGUAGAGCACGCCAUUAAGUUUGGUAAGUCCAGCGGUAUCAUUAACUCUGGAGAUUCAGUAGUAGUCGUCACUGGAUGGAAAAAAGGUUCUGGAUACACUAACUCAUUACGCAUUGUUAUCGUGGAAUGAGGAUCUCCAAUGGCUUCCGCCGAAAAACACACGUGUCAAGUCAUAUUUCGUUUUUUAUUUGUUGAUGUGCGUUUUCCCUUUGUCCCUUCGCCGAUGCUGAAAAACACACGCGUCAAGUCAUACUUCGCUUUUUAUUUGUUGUUGUGCGCUUUCGCCGUGCGUCUUCGUCGCCGCCGAAAAACACACGUGUCAAGUCAUACUUUUGAUUUUUAUUUGUUGUUGUGCGUUUUCCCCUUGUCCCUUCGCCGCCGCUGAAAAACACACGCGUCAAAUCGUACUUCAAAUUUUAUUUGUUGUUGUGCAUUUUCGUUGUGCGCCUUCAACACCGCCAAAAAACACAACAACAAAUAAAAUUUGAAGUACGACUUGACGUGUGUGUUUUUCGGUGGAGGUGAAGGGACAAAGGGAAAACGCACAACAACAAAUAAAAAACGAAUUAUGACUUGACGCGUGUGUUUUUCAGCGGCGACGAAGGCGCACGGUGAAAUGCACAACAACAAAUAAAAAACGAAGUAUGACUUGACGCGUGUGUUUUUCAGCAUCGGCGAAGGGACAAAGGGAAAACGCACAUCAACAAAUAAAAAACGAAAUAUGACUUGACGCGUGUGUUUUUCGGUGGAGGCUAGUUUUUAAAAUAUCAUUACAUAUUAUUAUUUUUGAUGUUA